UUCGUACUGAAAUAAUUCUUUUUAAUUGAAUUCUAAGCAAAUUGAAACAAAAAUAUGCAUUCAAUAAUUUCAAAUACGGAAACAAACAAGAAAUUCUCUUCUCACAUCAUCCCCUCUCUUCACCAUUUAGUUGUGUUUGACAGAUUAACAUUGAAACUCAAGUCCAGGAGCUGAGUUGAAAAAAGUAACAAAAUGUAACUAUUUGACACUUCAACACUGGAUUUAGGAACGAUGUUGUGACGUCACGAUGUUACACUUUGUAACUUUUUUCUCAUUUAGGAACGAUGAAAGUUAACUAUUGUUAACAAUAGUUAACAUUGUCGAAUAAAAGAACGCAUCACUGUCAAAUUGCGUUUGUCAGUUGUCAUUGUCAGUAGUAAAAAAAAAAACAAAAUAAAGAAAUCACACGAUACCCAAUAUGAUCGAGGAACCCGAAAAUUGUCCAGGUGUUCAAAGUGCUAACGCUGGAUUUGGCAACGCAUGCCAGGGUUGUCCCAAUCAGAAAAUUUGCAGUGACCCAAACAGCAAAAACGAAGAUCCUGGAAAAGCUCUUGUCGUCGAACGAUUACAAGAUGUGAAAAAGAAACUCAUGAUUCUCUCUGGAAAAGGUGGUGUUGGCAAGAGUUCUGUAGUAAUGCUGCUAUCGCGCUUCCUUGGAAAACAAUUUCCCAAUCAGAAUUUUGGUGUCUUAGACAUCGACAUUUGUGGACCAUCACAACCUCGCAUCCUCGGAGUGGAAAACGAAAACGUCCAUCAGUCAGGAUCCGGAUGGUCGCCAGUUAGUGUUGAAGACAAUAUAUGUCUUAUGUCGAUUGGCUUCCUUCUGGGAUCAACCGAUGAUGCAGUAAUAUGGCGCGGACCAAAGAAAAAUGGAAUGAUUCGACAGUUUUUAAGUGAAGUUGAUUGGGGCUUUCUUGAUUUACUAAUACUUGACACACCUCCUGGUACAUCCGACGAACAUUUAUCUGUUGUUAGUUAUUUGAAGGACGAAAAGUCGUCAAACCUCAAAGCCUUGAUAAUAACAACUCCUCAGGAAGUAUCAUUGUUGGAUGUUCGUAAGGAAAUAUCAUUUUGCAAAAAACAAAAUAUUCCUAUAUUGGGUGUUGUUGAAAAUAUGUGUCGCUUCGUUUGUGGACAUUGUGGCAAUUCGUCGGAUAUCUUUCCAGCUAAAACUGGUGGUGCGGUGGCAAUGUGUGAAGAAAUGGAAGUUAAAUUUCUAGGAUCACUUCCGAUUGAUCCGGCAAUAGCAAAAGCCUGUGAUUGUGGAGAAGAUCUCAAUAAUCUAAAUGAGACAACUAUCGAGGCUUUGAAAAAUAUUUGUAAUUCGAUAGUUCAGAACUUGUAAAUUAAAGAAAAAGAUCCUUUAUUAAAUUAUAUAUUUUUUUA